AGGGAAACCCAGGAUAGACGGGGAGGUCCGACACACUAGCUCCGCCCAGAGCCCCCUCUCUCCUCCCCCCUUCCAACAACUAUAAAAACCACUGCCUUGCCGUACAUGACACCAGUUCUCUUCCCAGCUACGCGACAGAAAGAUGAGAGCUGGCAAGGUGGUGUCCAUACUGGUGGUGCUGGUGGCUGGGACGGUCUGGGCUGGGCCUCAGUACCCUGGCGUGAGCGGCGGAGGAGCUUCCGUGGAUCAGCCGCAGCAGCAGCAGGUGGGACAGGGCGAGUUCUGGUGGCAGCAAGAUGGUGUCUUCAUUGACGAUGGUACUGCAGGAGGGUCGGAGACGGAACUGAUCACCAGCUUCACUCCCUCGCAGUCCCCUGACUGUUCUGAGUAUCACGGCUGUGUACAGUGGGAGCUGUGUGUGGACGGCAUCAUCAACACCGAUGGUAUUGGUCUGCUGAAUGCUCGUACACCUGAGCAGGUGCCAGAAGAUAACACGGCAGUUACGUGCCCAGGCAUAGGGAAGAUCUGCUGCCGUAUCCCCGACCACAUCCUACAACAACAAAGCAGGGGAGACGGCGACGGUACUGGCAUUGUAGAAGUGGUUUCUGGCGGUGGAGGAGUUGAUGGUGGACAACAAAGUGGGGGACAAGUUGACGCUGGUCUGAUCUCGUACUGCGCCGAACAGCAGGAUUGCGUGCCCACUUACCUUUGCCAUGACGGAGAGAUUAACACCUCCGGCGUGGGCCUUAUCAACCCACGCAUCCGACCUGUCACGUGCACUAACCCUGACUACCCGACGGUUCCGGCUGUGUGCUGUAAUUUGCCGUCGUGUUCGUCGGGUGACUUAUGCCUCCCUCACGACACCUGUGAGGGCACUCUCGUCACCGACCACAGAGGCAAAUACAAGGAUUGCUUCUUGGAGCCAGGCGCUGAAGCUGGUGUGUGCUGUACCCCGCCUGUCCCCGCGCCUCUGCAGACGUGCCCCGGAACACGAGUGUGUGUCCCCAACCAUGUGUGCACUGCCCAGGGCUCCAUCAACACCGAUGGCGUUGGCAUCAUCGACCAGAGGAUGCUUCACACAUGCAUCCUAGACGAUGCCGGUACAACAGGUGUGUGCUGUCAGCCUCCCCCACCCCUGGAGGUGUGCCCAGGAGGCGACAGCCAGGUGUGUGUCCAUGAGGAUACCUGUCUUGGCGUUAUUACCCUCAACCCAUACAACGAGUACCAGACCUGCUAUUUAGACUCGAGCUUAAGUGUGGCAGGCGUGUGUUGUACACCCCCACUGCCCCUCACCACUUGCUCCGCCGACGGCAGCCAAGUCUGUGUUGAACAAGGCACUUGUCUUGGUAUUAUUGCUGUCGACGCUAAUAAGGAAAACCAGGCAUGUUACUUGGGAACCGACGGUGCUGUAGGUGAGUGUUGCGUGCCCCCCGAGCCCGUCAGCACCUGCCCCGGAGUUGGAGAGUCCUGCCUGGUGUCUGAUCUUUGCUACUACCAUCCCGACUUGGCGGCUGUAAACCUUGACUCUCCCUCCAACGUGCCAUGCUACGUGAACCCCAACAUCGUGGGCGUGUGCUGCCACACUGCUCCGCCGCCUCCCGUGCCUAUCCUGGACGUUUGCCCUAGUAAUUCUGUAUGUCUGCCGGAGAUCCUCUGUCAGGGAGAAAUCCUCGACAGUACAUCCAACUACGUCCCCUACGGCAAUGAAGGCGUCUGGUCAGAGUGUCUCCUCAGUGGUAGUGGACUCUCGGUUCCCGGAGUCUGUUGUCGUAACCCAACAGUACCGCCAGUAGAUCCAACUCUACCUGCUGCAGAAAAGUGCGGAGUCCGCAACUACGCACUAGACACUCGUAUAAAAAACAAUGACCUCCUCUACUACCAAGCAGAGUUUGCAGAGUUCCCCUGGCAGGCCAUUAUCUUCUUCACCAACUUCACCUACAAGUGUGGAGCUUCACUGAUAGGCGACCGCUGGUUGCUCACUGCUGCUCAUUGUGUUAAUGGAUUUACUCCAGGUGACCUACGCGUGAGGCUGGGCGAGUAUCAGGUUGACAGAUAUGAUGAAGUACUCAAUUACUUCGACACAUUGGUAAAAUACAUUGAGAUACACCCACUUUUCAAUCCCGAUAACUUGCACCAUGACAUUGCUCUGAUAGAACUGACCGAGCCUAUAAAAUUCCAGUAUCACAUAAACACAAUAUGUCUUCCCAACUAUGACCAAAUAACCCCCCAGGGGACCCGGUGCUAUGCUACGGGUUGGGGUAAGGAUGCAUUUGACGGCGGUCAGUACCAAGUGAUCCUGAAGAAGGUUGAAGUACCAGCAGUAGAGUUUAACACCUGCCAGAAUCUGCUACGCAAGACCCGCUUGGGCCGCUAUUUCAUCCUGGAUAAGUCGUUCAUGUGUGCUGGAGGCGAGGAGAAUAAGGACGCUUGUGAGGGUGAUGGAGGAGGACCUUUAGCCUGCCAGGAUCCCGUUACUGGCAAUUACUACAUCGCCGGUAUCACUGCCUGGGGCAUCGGCUGCGGCCAGAAGGAUGUGCCCGGUGUGUAUGUGGAUGUGGAGUUCUUCCGAGAAUGGAUAGAUGGUGUCGUUGGUCAACAACAACCGCAGCAGGAGCAGAACCAGGCUUCGUAUGGCGGGUAGUGAAACCGUUACUGAUCUUGCUGUUUGUAAUGUUCUUCCUUCCCUGAUGCAUUAUGUCUAUUUAUAAUAUUAGGAACCUUAUUACAAUGUAAUACUCGAAAAUAUAGUCUGUGAUAUACUGUAUCUUUUAUUUGUUUUUUUAAAUAAAUGGAUUAUCUGAGAA